AUGCGGUGCCGAAUCAACUGCAUCGUCUUUGCUCUACUUACCAACUUGCCAGGAGUUUCGAGCUUCGGAGAAUCACAAAAGUUUCUGAUCGCAUCGUCUCCUCUGAAUGGUCAUGUUGCCUACUUGAAGCUCCCGGCAGAUGGGUCGCCAGCCACAGCAGACGGGCAGGCCUUCCGGACUCUCAUCCAGUCAGAGUUGGUCUUUCCUCAGGGCCUGGCCGUUGAUGAUCACAGGCAGCGCUUAUAUGUGGCAGAUCCCAACAAGACUGGGCUUGUAAUGUAUCAGCUCUCGUCAAAUGGAGACACGCUUUCGGUUGGAAGUCCGAAGGUGGUGGCAGCAGGUGUUCAGACACGGGCCGUUGCUGUGGAUGGUCUCGGCAACGUUGUGUUCUCCGACGAGCCAACAAAUCGCAUUCUUAGAGUUUCCGCAGCGGGCAUAGAUGAGGGCAAGACCACUCCGGAAAUCAUCUACGAUGGCAGCACCGUGUCCCAGUUGAAAGCCCCGGGAGGAGUGGCAAUGGACAACUAUUUCAUCUACUGGUUGAACAAAGCAGGUGCUCCGAAGGCUGGAACCCUGAUAAGAGGCUUGCAAUAUGCCACAGCGAAGACCAUUAGCAAUGCUUCGGCCGGUGUCAAGUUCCUGGCUGACAACGCUCCCAAGUGCUAUGGCGUUUGCAUCGCAGCAGGGAAUAUCUUCUACACGGACGAAGCAACGUACUUGUACGGCAUCAACCGGGCGUCCACAUCGCGCCAUGUUGUACGCACCAUCUCUUCGAGCCUGCAGGCGCCACGCGGGUGCGUCUUUGAUGGUGCGGGCACUGUUUAUGUAGCGGACAAGUCACAGAAUGCAGUGUUCCGCUUUGCUUCAAGCAUGGACAGCCUCGAGCCCAAACCCAUGGUGAAGGCUGGAAUUGAAGCGCUCGGCAAUACACUGCCACAUGCCCCACCACCAUACCGUUGUGUUGUGACAGUGGAUGCCUGA